GCCAGCUGAGGAUGCUUGUUGUUUCUAGAAACAGGAUUAAUCACCGGGUUGAGCGCUGAUCCUCCUCCGGUGCACCGAGCGCACCUCGCUCCGCUGCAGCCGUCCUGACCGUGGGCGCGUUUUGCCUGUCUGGCCCGGUCUGCCCGCGGCUGUUUGCCUCUUUGAUGCUCUCCCCCUUCUUCCUCUAUUUCCUGAUGCAGGGCCGGGGAGGGGGUGAGCCAAAGUGUGCACCGGAUAUUGGAAAACCCAUUCUUCUUGCUGAUGCUGUUGUGAUAAUAGAUUAUUAUCUGGACAACGCCGCAUCUGCACAGAAAGGCAGAUCCUGACCAAACGAGGCCGGACUUGAGAAGGAAAGGGAAUAUGAACGAGCUUGGAAGGGUUAUGAAAUUGUUUUUUGGACGUUAGGAGGGGAGGAGGGGGGUCCCUGAUAUCGAUCAGAGAAUGGAUUCAAUCAGGGCAUUCUGACUUGGGAUAUUUGAGACUCUGCACUUACAGAAAUCAAUCUGUGGCAAAUGUAGCCUUCCUGUCCAGGUCUGAAUGAGAUUUUUCUGUUCUGCUCCACUUUGGGCCAGCUGCAUAAGCUAAAAAAAAGGAUCAAUCAGCUUUAAACUACUGUUAUUUAUAGCAAGGGGUGGGUUUCAUUUGACUGGCGGCGAUUAUUCGCAUCAUUCUGGACAUCUCCCAUCACUUGGCACCGGUCAAACCUCACACGUCCUCUCCACGUUUUCUACCUUCCCUCUGAAUGAUGCUGCUUUCUCUGCUGUAGUAAAAGAGACACAACCCGAUAGUGGAAAAAGAUUUCUAGGCCUUACAGAGUGGGAUUCGGGCCGGUUCUCACUCCCUGCACGCAGGUUUAGGUUGCUGCCUGACCGCAUGACAAAUAAGUGCAUGGGAGUAGCCUGCAGGGCCCGGCUUUAGAUCACGAUCAGUCCUCUCCUCUACAUCGCCGUACAACCGCCUGUGAUGUGCGUUACGGCAUUUCGCACCGAGCAGGACCGAUCUUGAUCUGCCUUAUAUCAGGAAUAUAAUUUCAUCACUUGAAAGAUGAGCAGCAAGGAGCUGACGCUGGGCCAGUCCAGCCAGUAUGUGGGGCCUUACCGGCUGGAGAAGACCCUCGGGAAGGGACAGACAGGACUGGUGAAGCUGGGUGUCCACUGUAUAACCGGGCAGAAGGUGGCCAUAAAGAUUGUCAACAGAGAGAAACUCUCAGAAUCAGUCCUAAUGAAGGUGGAGAGAGAAAUAGCUAUUCUUAAACUAAUAGAGCACCCUCACGUUCUGAAGCUGCAUGAUGUCUAUGAGAAUAACAAAUACCUGUACCUGGUGUUAGAGCAUGUGUCUGGUGGAGAGUUAUUCGACUACCUGGUGAAGAAGGGCCGGCUGACUCCCAAAGAGGCCCGGAAGUUCUUCAGACAAAUUAUUUCUGCCCUCGACUUCUGCCACAAUCACUCUAUAUGUCACAGAGACCUGAAGCCAGAGAAUCUUCUCCUGGAUGAGAAGAAUAACAUCAGGAUAGCAGACUUUGGCAUGGCUUCUCUACAAGUCGGGGAUAGCCUGCUGGAAACCAGUUGUGGAUCCCCACAUUAUGCUUGCCCAGAGGUCAUAAGGGGAGAGAAGUAUGAUGGUCGCAGGGCAGAUGUUUGGAGUUGUGGAGUCAUCCUCUUUGCUCUUCUUGUGGGUGCCUUGCCCUUUGACCAUGACAACCUGCGGCAGCUUCUCGAGAAAGUGAAGAGCGGGGUAUUCCACAUGCCACACUUUAUACCUCCUGACUGCCAAGCAUUGCUCAAAGGAAUGAUAGAAGUCAACCCUGACAAGAGACUCACGCUAGAAGCAAUACAGAAACACAACUGGUACCAGGGUGGUCGUAAUGAGCCUUGCCCAGAGCAGCCGCCCCCUCGCCGGGUGUGUGUGAAGAGGAUCCUAUCCUUAACUGAGCUAGACCCUGACGUCCUGGAAAGCAUGUACUCUUUAGGGUGCUUCAGAGACCGGGUCAAACUCACACAGGACCUUACAAGUGAGGAGGAGAACCAGGAAAAGAUGAUCUACUACCUCCUGUUGGACAGAAAAGAGCGAUACCCCAGCUGUGAGGAUGAGGACCUGCCACCCAGAAAUGACAUAGACCCACCCAGGAAGCGCGUGGACUCCCCUAUGUUGACACGUCACGGCCGUUGUCGCCCAGAGAGGAAGAGCCUGGAGGUCCUCAGUGUCACAGAACAGGGGUCUCCCACCCCACCUCGCAGGGCCCUGGACACUAAUGCACACAGCCAGAGGUCUCGUUCAGUCAGCGGAGCGUCCACAGGUCUGUCCUCUAGUCCUCUCAGCAGUCCCAGGAGCCCGGUCUUCACUUUCAGCCAAUCAGAAGUCACAUCCACCUCCGCCUCAUCCUCCAAAGACCCCAAACCAGCGAGUAGCACCACCCCUCGGCCUACCCGCCCGGCGCCUGACCCAAAAACCCAGACCCUGCCCUCAAAGGGCCCCACAGACCGACCCCAGCUCCACUCCAUGAAGUCCCUCCCUCUCCAGACUCCACGCUCCCCUUCCCCAUCCCCCUCCCCACUCCUCUCCCCCAUUCCACGCUUUUUCAACUUCCCCUCACCAUCUGUCUUCAAGUCCAAGAACAUCCACUCGUCCUCUAACUCCUCUGCCACCCCUCCUCCUGUGUCGCAGGUCACGCCGCAGGGCUCACCGCUGCCCACCCCGCUGGGCACGCCUGUGCACCAAAUCCAACACCCUUCCUCCACCACCCCUCCCUCCUCUUCCUCCUCGUCUUCUUCUUCCAGAGCGGACGGAGCCGGCGGGGCCUCACUGUCACUGACCCCGCCCUCCAGCCCGGGCGGCAGUGGCGGUCUGGCUGCCUCAAGCUCUGCCCACUGGAGAACAAGGCUCAACUCGUUCAAAAACAACCUGCUGGGCUCGCCGCGCUUCCAUCGGCGCAAACUGCAAGUCCCCACAUCAGAGGACAUGUCCAGUUUGACUCCAGAGUCAAGUCCAGAACUGGCUAAGAGGUCCUGGUUCGGUAACUUCAUCAACCUGGAGAAAGAGGAGCAGAUCUUUGUUUUGAUUAGAGACAAGCCACUCAGCUCUAUCAAGGCUGACAUCGUCCAUGCCUUUCUGUCCAUCCCAUCCCUCAGCCACAGUGUGGUGUCUCAGAACAGUUUCCGGGCAGAGUACAAGUCCUCCGGUGGCCCCUCUGUCUUCCAGAAGCCUGUCAAGUUCCAAGUGGACAUUGCUUUCUCUGAGGGAGAGAGAGAGCGUGAGAGGGAGCGAGCAGAGAGGGAAGGAAGAAGAGAGAUGGGCAUCUACAGCGUCACCUUCACUCUAAUAACAGGUCCUAGUCGCAGAUUCAAGAGAGUGGUGGAAACCAUUCAGGCUCAGCUCCUAAGUACUCACGAUCAGCCUUCUGUGCAGGCACUGGCUGGUGAGGAGAACACCCAUACAAAUGAGAAGAAUGGUCAGCUUUCCCGCCAGCCCAGCACUCCUUCGCGUCAGAAUUCCCGGCGUUCCGAAAGUGGAUCAGAACGGGAGCGGGGAGAGAAGGACCGUGUGGCAGAUGGGGGGAGCGGGAGCGGGAGUAGCAGCGGGACCGUCUUACAGAGGCGGGGCUCGGGGAAAGACAAGACCAGACUCCUCUCGUCGUCCAACGGGACGCAGUCUCAUCCUUGAAAAGAAUGUUGUGGGAGAGAGGCGAGGGUCAUCUGCCCGGCCGCUCUCUUCCUUCCCUCUAUCCUUCCCAUAAUCUUUCCUUAUCUGUUUCCUUCCUUCCUGCCUUGCUUCCUACCAUCAUUCCCUAGCAAUGGAAUGGAGGAGGGGGAAGGUUUUCCUUGAAGCUGAUCUGAGGAUAUGAUGGAAAAUUCCCCACAAAUGGCUGGUUUUAGCAGAAAUGUAUAUUUGUAGGGGUGACGGAGGCAGGUUGAGCUGAUCUCUAGUCAGCCUUCAAGGGCAGCUUCACCCCGGAGGGACGAGUCAGAGGACAGGAUGUCCAAAAAGUCCCACCUUACCAGAGAAAUACAGGAAAAGCUCACAGCCAGGGAAACGCAUAGUUCACCCACUCCGAAUCAAGAAAGCACACGAUCUUCCCACCGACCAAUCAGAUGCAACACAUGGUUCACACCCAACAGGAAACCUCCCAUCAGUCAGUCAAAAUGGCACAGGAAGAUACAGGCCAAUGACAGAGCACCUCAAGACAUUUUCAUUCAUCAUCUCCACUGUCUGGUCAACUCCUGACCAGCCAACCUGCAUCAUCAAGUAUCCUCAAUGUCA